AUGCCUGCUCAAAUCAAGAAGUACAAGGCCGCAGCUGUCCAAGCUGAGCCUGGAUGGUUCGAUCUCGAAUUGUCUGUCAAGAAGACUAUUCAUUGGAUCAAUGAAGCUGGAAAAGCAGGUUGCAAACUCGUUGCAUUCCCUGAAGUUUGGAUCCCUGGUUACCCAUACUGGGCAUGGAAGGUCAACUAUCAACAAUCUCUCCCUAUGCUUAAGGCAUACCGCGAGAACAGUCUCGCAUCUGACUCAGAUGAGAUGCGAAGAAUUCGUGAAGCUGCCCGCGAAAAUGCCAUCUACGUUUCAUUGGGAUACAGUGAAAUCGAUUUCGCAACUCUGUACAUUUCUCAAGUUCUGAUCUCCCCAACCGGUGAAGUUCUCAACCACCGCAGAAAAAUCAAGCCUACUCAUGUUGAGAAGCUUGUCUACGGCGAUGGAGCAGGAGAUACCUUCAAGAGUGUUGUUCAGACAGAUAUUGGAAGAGUUGGACAACUGAACUGCUGGGAGAACAUGAACCCGUUCCUGAAGGCAAUGAACGUUUCCGAGGGAGAACAGGUUCACAUUGCUGGCUGGCCAAUCUACCCACACGAGGAAACUCGCACUCCAUUAGACCCUUGGACAAACACUAGCAACCCCAACUCCGAUAUUGUUUCUCCAGCCUACGCCAUUGAAACUGCAACUUAUGUUCUCGCACCAUUCCAACGUAUUUCCAAAGAAGGUGUUGACAAGUGCACUCCACCUGGAGUUGAGCGUGAGGAUCACAACCUUUACAACGGCAACAGCAGAAUCUUCGGACCUGACGGACAAUGCCUUGCUAAGGCUGACGAAGAGUUUGAGGGCUUAAUGUUCGUUGAGAUCGAUCUCGAUCAAUCACACCUCCCAAAGGCUCUUGGAGAUUUCGGUGGCCAUUACAUGAGACCUGAUCUCAUCCGUCUUCUUGUUGACACACGUCGCAAGGAAACUAUCACCGAGGCCAGGACCAAGAUGGGUGGAAUCGAUCGUGUCGGACUUAACAGACCUCUUGAUGCUCCUAAAGUUGAUGGUCCAAGUGGUGUAAGCAAGCAGGUUCUUCCAAGCAAUGCCAAGAAGGCUGCUCACAAGGUCUAA